GGUGGACUUUCUGACUGUCCCAGAGAUGUUGAGGAAAUGUUCUGGAUAUCAUAUCCAAACAAGAAUAGAAGUGGAACCUUUUAACUGAGUUUGGAGAACAAGACCCCUAAGUAAGAACGAGGUUCCCAAGGCACGCCUUUUACAUUAUUACUGAACCGAUCAGCGAACACAGACAAACCAGCCAGCACUUAAGUCUACUCUCUGGAUUUCAUCUCCAUGGCAACAAGCAUGGAAGGUGAGACAACCCUGCCUAAGAAGCCAAGAGGUGACUCCAGCUGGAAUUCUGAAGAGCCACAACGAUGUGACAGUGAAUAAUGAGUAGUACCUACUGUGGCAACUCUUCAGCUAAGAUGAGUGUCAACGAAGUAUCAGCUUUCUCGUUGACUUUGGAGCAAAAAACUGUCUUUGCUUUUGUUGGGAUUUUAUGUAUUUUCUUGGGACUUCUUAUUAUCAGAUGCUUCAAAAUCCUGUUAGACCCAUAUAGUAGCAUGCCUUCCUCUACAUGGGAAGAUGAAGUGGAAGAAUUUGAUAAAGGGACAUUUGAAUAUGCUCUCGCAUGACAGUUGCAGCUUUAUGGCUUUUAGUGCUGUGCC